AUGGACCAGACAACCAGAGACAGUCUCGCCGACCUUGAGCGCCGCCGCUUGCAGUUAGAAGAGAGUGUCGUGAAACUGCAACUAGCGCUGCGGCAAUGGCAGACAUGGGAUGCUGAAUACGAAGGCCUGAAGGAAGAAAUCCUCGGCUUCGCCGGCGAACCUACGACACAGGAUCUGGUUGAUAUUGGCACCAAAUUUGGCGGCGACCUCGUCAACGAGAACGAGAUCAGGCAGCUCGUCGGCAUUGAUAAGGGGAUUCAAAGAUCACGCACGCAAGUUGUUGACCUCAUCUCACGGCGAGUCGACUACGUUCAGCAAAACGUGAAAACAGUACAAAAGCAGCUUGGUGCUGCUGAAGAGAAGCUCGGUCAAGUUCUGGUCAUCAGCAAUCCUGAGAUGACCGACGAGAGUGGUUUACCACUUGCCGAGAUCCGAGAAGAGCUAGACGAGGAAGGCAAUGUCAUAUCUAGUACCACAUCGGAUCCGACUGAGUCUCAAACACGCAUUAUACAGGCAUUGCGUAACGCCGGUGUUACAGACCUGGAAAAGUCAACUGACAUGAGCAUGCCUAGCAAGCCUACUCAGAAUCAAGCUGCAUCUACAUUCACUAAAAGUCAGGAUUCCGCAGAUGACUUAGCAUAUGGACGCUUCAAACCCGGCUCCAAAGUCAUCGAACUGAAUGAUGACGACGAGGUGAUAGGAUCGACUGCCAUUAUCCCGGAUGACGAUUCGCCUGAGGAUGCAGCGCUCCGUAGAGAGAUGCUUGAGUACGGCUUGUCGGGGGUAGGCUCUGUAGUCGCCGAGCUUGAUCUGGAGGAUCCCGACGGCCAGUAUUCCCACUCUGAUGAUGAGUUCGACGAUGAUUAUGAGAGCGAUGCGGAAGAGGAGGAUGAGUACGGCAGGAGUACAAGGAGAGAAGUCAGCGACGAUUACAGGCGGCAGAUGCUCGAACUGGAAAAGAAGCUCAACGCGCGAAUGCUGGAGAACGUUGGCCCUGAGUCGGAACAGAAUCCGCUCAACGACUACGCAGAGGAUGCACGACGGCUUGUCAUUCGGAAGGCAAACACAGAUACCGAGCCGGAUGUCCCUAAGAAUACCGAGAAACCGGCGAGGAAGGGUGUUCGCUUCGCCGAGGAUCUGGAUAUUUCACCGGCUCCUGAGGCUGCGUCCAAGGCUGUUGAGAGUGCGGCAACAGAAGCCUUACCAAGGAAGCCCGUAGUCUCCGACGCUGUCCUCGAGCGCACCACGGCCGCGCAACCCACGGUAUCAGAGGAGCCCAGGCGACAGAAAACGUCUCGCUUCAAGAGCACCAGAGGGACCUCAGCAGCCACGUCCUCGCAACCCGUGAAAACUGUUCCAGUACACCUCACCGCAGCAGCUCCAACACUAAGGACAGCUCCGGAAGGUCCUGCUGGUCGGACACUCUCGUCCGCCGUGGUCGAGCGCUCAGCAGCCGAAGGCGAGGCAGAGCCUCCAGAUCCGGAUGGGCUAGACCCCGCGCUUUUGCAGCAGGAAGUAGCUACAGAGUAUCACAAGAUGCGGAAUCGUAUGAUUCAGAGACAGGGUGGAUUUAUGCCUUCGGAAGAGGAGGCCGAACAGGAUCCGCUGUUGGAGGAAAGAGAUGGCAAGGUCAAGAAGGUCAGUAGGUUCAAGGCUGCCAGGCUAGGAGCUUCCAGCUCGUAG